GAGAAACUCAGAAGGGCAGUGGAAGAACUGCCACGAAAUCACAGGGAACAGCACAUAACUGCAGCAGAAACUGCAGAGUUAGAUUUAAGAACCCAAAUUAUCCGAGGACUAGGAUUGGAAUAUUUUUUAAAGUUACUGUUUAACUGUAUUACUUUAAGAGACUGAACAUAACAAACUUAUUUGUUCUGGAAAGUAAUAUUGAUAUCAAUUAAAGAUCAAACUCCAACCGGCGAGAAUCGAACGGGUUUUUCACUGGAUAUUUAAUUUUCUUUUUUCAAUUGAAUUUUUAAAAUUAUAAUUUGUAUUUUUGCAGCAAACGGUUGCAAGCGACUUGUUUGUGCAUUGCGUCUACACAGACAUUCCGGUUUUACAUUUUCUCUUUUGCCUUGAGGAUUUGGCAGGGAUAUGAUGUCCUUCUUGCGCGUCUCCCUGGGUUUGGUGGCGGCUCUGUGCGUGAGUGCGGCUCCCGGUGCAUGGGAGGAGAGUACAGUGGUGCCAGUAAAACUCGACUCACUCCAGGCGGCGGGCGAGACCGAACAGUGGAGGACUCUUAGUCCCGAGGAGCGAGAAAAAGAGACAGAAAAGCGGGUCUUCCAAUUAGAUGUCUUUGGCAAACGUAUGAUUUUGGACCUGGAGCCUGAUCACACAUUCCUUGCUCCAGGGUUCGUAUUCCAAGUGGUGGGGCAAACCGGAACUCGUGAAGAUGAAGCGCAACGUGAAUCUGACAGCGCAGCGGCUCAGUGCUUCUUCUCGGGCUCGGUUAACGGGGAGGCCGACUCUGCGGCCGCAAUCAACCUGUGCCAUGGACUGAAGGGCGGUUUCUACAUCCGUGGUGAAGAGUAUUUCAUCCAGCCAGUCAAUGCCACCGACGUGCAGCCUUCAGAAAGCGACCUCCACCUCAUCCGCAGGAGGAUUCGAGGAUCACUAUCCGAGGAGGGUAGCUCCAAGUGCGGGGUCAACGAGGAAGAGGAAAGGGUACCGGAGAGCUCCGAUAGAGAAACGAAUAAGGGUGACACAACCUAUGAGCAGACAGGGCACCACCGGUCCCGGCGUUUUGUGUCCACCCCACGCUUCCUGGAGAUCCUGUUGGUGGCCGACCAGUCGAUGGCAGAGUUCCACGGCGCGGGGCUGAAGCCCUACCUGCUGACCAUCAUGGCGGUGGCCUCCCGCCUGUACCGCCACCCCACCAUCCACAACUCCAUCAGCCUGGCGGUGGUGAAGCUGCUGGUGGUGUACGACGAGCAGCGUGGCCCUGACGUCUCGUCCAACGCCGCCCUGACCCUCAGGAACUUCUGCAGGUGGCAGCGGCAGCACAACCCGCCCAGCGACCGCAACCCUGAGCACUACGACACGGCGGUGCUGUUCACCCGACAGGAUCUGUGUGGCGCUCACUCCUGUGAUACGCUGGGCAUGGCGGACGUGGGCACGGUGUGUGACCCUGAGAGGAGCUGCUCCAUCAUUGAGGACGACGGCCUGCAGGCCUCCUUCACCGUGGCCCAUGAGCUGGGUCACGUGUUCAACAUGCCCCACGACGACGCCAAGCAGUGCGCCAGCAUCAACGGUGCCCACUGGAGCUCCCACAUGAUGGCGUCUACGCUGUCCAACCUGAACCAGCUGCAGCCCUGGUCCCCCUGCAGUGCCCUGAUGGUCACCUCCUUCCUGGACAAUGGCCAUGGCCACUGUCUGCUGGACAAGCCCCAGAAGCCCCAGCCGCUGCCCAAGGCCCUGCCGGGUUCGGUGUACGACGCCGACCGCCAGUGUCAGCUGACCUUCGGGGAGGAGUCGCAGCACUGCCCGGACCUCAGCAGCACCUGCUCGGCUCUCUGGUGCACCGUCACCACCUCCGGAGGCCUGCUGGUCUGCCAGACCAAGAACUUCCCCUGGGCCGACGGCACGCCCUGCGGCCGAGACAGCUGGUGCCUGGCCGGGCAGUGCCUGACCAAGAGCGAGGCGGCCAAAUACCAGACGCCUGUGAAUGGUGGCUGGGGGACGUGGGGGUCCUGGGGGGACUGCUCACGCACCUGCGGAGGCGGGGUCCAGUACUCCUUCAGGGAAUGUGACAACCCCCUGCCCAAGAACGGAGGCAAAUACUGCGAGGGCAAGAGGAUCCAGUAUCGCUCCUGCAACACCCAGGCCUGCCCCGAGACUAAUGGUCUGUCGUUCCGAGAGGAGCAGUGUCUGGCCCACAACCACAUCUCCUCCCAGAUGUCGUUCGGCACCAGCGACGGGGUGGAAUGGGUGCCGAAGUACGCCGGCGUUUCCCCCAAGGACCGCUGCAAGCUGGUGUGCCGCGCCAAAGGAACCGGAUACUUCUUUAUCCUCAAACCAAAGGUGGAGGAUGGGACCCCCUGCAGUCCGGACUCCACCUCGGUGUGUGUCCAGGGUCAGUGUGUGAAGGCCGGCUGUGACCGCGUCAUCGGGUCCAGCCGCCGCUUCGAUAAAUGCGGAGUUUGUGGCGGGAACGGCUCAACGUGCAAGAAGGUGUCUGGGUCUAUGGACAGAGCCAGGCCCGGGUACCAGGAUGUGGUGACCAUCCCGGCCGGAGCCACACACCUGGAUGUGAAGCAGCGCGCGGUGGGCGGCUCCAGGCAGGACAACAGCUACCUGGCCAUCCGCCGUCAGGACGGGACCUACCUGCUGAACGGGGAGUACAGGCUGACCACCCUGGAGACGGACAUCCCCCUGAAGGGGGCGCUGCUGCGCUACAGCGGCUCGGCCGCGGUGCUGGAGCGCAUCCGGAGCUUCGCCCCGCUCCCAGAGCCCCUCACCAUCCAGGUGCUGUCGGUGGGAGACUCCCCCCGCCCCCGCGUCAAAUACAGCUACUUCUCCCCGCGGCCCGCGGCUCGACGGCCCUCCAUCAACGCCAUCCAGGAGGCCGGGGGUGCGGAGUGGGUCCUGCGGGAGUGGGGGGUCUGCUCGCAGACCUGCGGAGGCGGGGUCCAGCAGCGCUCCGUCGACUGCCUGGACUUCCACGGCCGCCCGUCGUCCGACUGCCCUCCGGAGCUCCGGCCCGCCUCCACCCGGCCCUGCGCCUCCCACCCCUGCCCCGCCUGGCUGCUCGGCGACUGGUCGACCUGCUCCAGGACCUGCGGGCGGGGCUUCCGGAAGCGUCUCCUGAGCUGCGUGGGGCACGAUGGGAACGCGGUCACCCCCGAGAACUGCGACCCCAACACCCGGCCCCGGCCCCUGCUGGACCUGUGCACCCUCACCAGCUGUUAGAGCCCUCCGGCCCCAGAGACAGAGCCCCAGGAGCAGGGCACACAGAGCCCCAUCCCAGCCGCUCACAGCGGUCUAAGGCCUGGCCACUGUUAGCACCAGCAACGGAGAAAGACUGUUUUGUUUUUUUUUUGCUCUUUUUAUCCCACCUUAAGACAUUUCCAGAAACCCCCCCAAAAAAUUAUUUUUCCAUAUUAUAAAAACUCCAGCUGCCUUACAUUCCGUCAGAAGGGGAGAACCGUGCCUUUGAGGAGAAUGUUUACAUGGUGGACGGUGUUUCUAACGCUGCCAGAACCAGUGAACUUCCCCCCCCACGCCCAGGGCUGUCUGUGACAGAGACUAGUGUGGUGACAGGACUCAGAGGCAGUGUGGGACUGAGGGGGGGAGGGGGGGGGUUAAUAUCUAAUAUCCUGUGCAAACAUGUACGUGGUACAGGGGGCAUUGCCCAUCUGCCAGGCAUUGUGGGCCAGCCAUAUAGCUGGCACACUGCUCCCACGGGCUCAGCUGACACAGAGGAGGACAUUAUGCUCUUUGUGCUAAAGCAGGCCAAUGGGUGCCAAUGCCAUGCUUGUGCUUAUGUGUGUGUGUGUGUGUGUGUGUGUGUGUGUGUGUGUGUGUGUGUGUGUGUGUGUGUGUGUGUGUGUGUGUGUGUGCACGCAUGCAUGCAGUCUGUCUGAGCUGGACUGGACAGACGGAUAUUCUAAAUGUUUUGGAAUAGGAGGUUUUUUUAAGUGCCAUUGGUCUUGCCUGUGUGUGUGUGAGUGUGUGUGUUUGUGUGCGUGCAUGUGGGGGGUGUUAUUAGUGAGUGGUGAGCAAAGAGGAUUAUGGGAUAAGGAGAUAUUAAAGUGCCAUUGGCCUUGCCAGUCAGAAAGCCCACCCCCUAAUAUCCACCCAUAUCUGUAGUACCAGGCUCCACCUGCCUGCUUCCUUCACAAAUGUGGAUGGAGGGUAGCCAAUCAGAGGAGCCCUCAAGUCAAACCCCACCUUGAUGAUACAGCAGGCUGAAGAAGGUUCCGGAAACCCAUCCCCUUCCUGUUACACACUUUCUGUCCAUCCCUGGUCCCUCCCCAGCCCACUCAUGCUGCUAUUCAAACACUCCUGCUUCCUUUUCUUACCCAUCUUUCAGUAAAGCCCUCAUCUCCUUCUCUCCCAAUGAGACAUUUCAUGGAGAUAGUGGUUUUUGCAUCAAGGGAGUGCUCUUCAUUUACAAAAAUUAAUCUGUGUGUGUGUGUGUGUGUGUGUGUGUGUGUCUGUGUAAUGGAGAUUUAGUCAGGGACUCUCCUGCUACUACUUCAUAAGUAUAUUUUUCCUGCCUUCUAAGAAGGUAUGUUUUUGAAUAGCAUUUUUUUUGUACAGAAUAUCCAAACAUUAUUUAUUUUUGUACAGCCUGUUAUAUAUAAUCUUAUCACUUUUUUAUGAUAUUGUUAUUGAUAUUAUUAUUUGAAAUAAUGGAAGGAUGUAGAUUGUAUAGAGUAUUUAUACAGUAUUAUAUAUGGUUCUAGGGUUAUGAAUAAACUAUCACACUGACUUGUGAA